GGAGGAGGAGGAGGAGGUGGAGGUGCCGGAGGGGGUGAGGGAGGUGGACAUGGAUGCUGCGGUGGCCGCUGCCUUUGGGAGGGUGUCCGUUUCCUCGAGGGUGGACGAUGCGUUCCGGAGCGCCUCUGGCUCGCGGGACUCGCUGCAGUUCUCGGGCGCGACGGCGCGGUCGGAGUCGGAGGACUCUGGCGUGGACGUGGUGGGCAGCAGCGGGCCUGGAAGCCCCUGGUCAUCGCACCCACACCAGCACGCCAUGGUAACCGGCAUGGGCAUGGACAUGGGCAUAGGCAUGGGCAGCCACGAUACCACGCACGAUGACCCCUCAAGGUCGAGGGGGUCAGAGGUCACGGAUGAUAGAGGAGAGGCCACUGUUCACACAGCAGCAGACGACCACCACCACCAUCACCAUCAUCCCCUCCCCGUCAGCUCCUCAUCCCCUACCCUCUCCACACGCUCCUACUCCACCUCCUCUUCUUCCUCCCUGUGCCAGUCCGUGGGCUCGGAGCUGCGAUGCCCUCCGCCGCUCUCCCUUGGCGAGGGCACUUCCACCACUGCCACCACUGCUCCCCACCCCACAUUGGAGCGGGCGCUGCAGCGGGCAGACCCGGCAAGACGGCAGAUCCCGCGCCGAGGGCUGUCGUUGGUCAGCCGAGGGGACGACAACAAGCCCUCUUCGUUGCAGAGGCGACGCAGCGCCGCCAGUCACAGCAGCCACGCAAGCCACACGAGUCAUGGAGAGGGCACACGGGAGCACAGGGGUCAAAGGUCACUGAGCUUCAAGCAGGGCGGAGGAGCGACUCAGACUCAGAGUGCUGCAGUGGAGAGGCAGGACAGUGCAGCCACAGACACCGGACUACAGACCACAGACAGCACAGACAGCACAGACACGGACAGCAGACUCCAGAGCCAACAGACCCACACAGAAACAACAUCUGAAUCCACAAUCAGCAGGCUGCAAGCACAGGCCUCAGGUGUGUCGCAGGACGGCUGGGCGGAGCUCUCGCCUGGCUUCCUGUACCUGGAGCAGGUGUGCCUGAUGCUGGAGCGGUUCGCCAAGCUGCAGGCACACCAGCGCGGACUGCAGACCGAGAUGGAACAGCUCCGCAACCAGCAGAACCACAGGCCGCAGUACAGCACUCAGCAUUCUGUUGCGGAGCACUGCGUCAGGGUACAGGUCACGUCAUGCGACGGCGAUCAAACAGAUUACGCGGAAACCAUGGCAACGCAGGCGCUCCAUGGCAACGCCCUGGGUCUCGACAUCCUGUCCGAGGUCCGGCGGAGAUCUUCGUCUGACGCGGGGCGGUUGACCACAAGCUACCAUAAUCGGCGGCGGAGUAAGAGUAUAGGAGACCUUCUGGAGGAAGAUGAGGAGGACACCGCACUCUCACCUGACACAUGUGGAGGCCAUGAGCUGGCCGGAGAGCGACAGGGAAGAGGAGCGCGGAUCAAACAGAAGAUCGCAUCUCUACGCAGGAAUGAGCCCCGGCCAGACAUGCAAGCUAUGAGGUCACAGACGCUGCCGAGGAAGAAGUCUAGUCUGCGCAGCCUGGGACAGUUCUUCAUGAAGCGCUCCAAGACCACAUCCACAUGAGCAGGGAAGCCGACAGAGGGGGACAAAGGGGUCACUUGUCCCGGGCCCAGGGAGAGAGGGGCCCAGAAUUAGUUCCUCAUUACAUUGUAUUGAUUGGGUUUGGGGCCCUUUCAGAUGUCGUCGUCCCGGGCCCAGCCAAAGCUGUCAGCGGCCCUGCACAUGAUACACACCACAGAAGCCAGGGACAGCUCUGUAGCCUGUGAUGGGACUAUACAGUCUUUGUUGAAAACACUCACCUGCAUCAUAACAACAUUGCUAUGACAAUGCAAAGAGUCUUAAGUAACCGAUUAAGACUUGGUCAUUAGCAUUUUGGUGACAAUAAGGUUAUACGAGAGGCUCUGUGCUGAGGGGUUAAAUGAAGAUUCCACAGCCACAUCCUAUCUGCUCCUUGGGCAAUUCUUCAAGAAGAAAUCCAAGACUGUGUCAUGAUGAUACAUACAGUAGAGGUCUUGGACAACGCUUAAAAAAAUGCCACAACAAUGUUCUUGUGACACAAUGAAAGCCAAGGACAUUUCUUCAAGAGGAGAGCCAGCCAACACAGUGUCCAUGUGACAGAAGACCGGGACAGUUCUUCAAGACGGGAUCCAACACCUUCUGACGCAAUAACGGCUGGGACUAAUCGUCAAGAUGAGAUCCAAGCUAGGGACAUUGCCUGGGGAAGUGCCUGGGGCCAUUCUUCAUGAAGCAGUUUAAAAACAGCAUCCUGGGAUGCUGGGACAAUUGAUCAAGAACUGCUCCAAAACACAGUGUCUUUGUAACAGAAGCCAGAGACAGUUCUUUAAAGGCGCACUGUGUAAUAUCUUUAGUAGUUUAUUUCCAGAAUCCAUGCUGCCCAUUCAAGAUGAGAUCCAAGCUAGGGACAUUGCCUGGGGAAGUGCCUGGGGCUAUUCUUCAUGAAGCAGUUUAAAAACAGCAUCCUGGGAUGCUGGGACAAUUGAUCAAGAACUACUCCAAAACACAAUGUCUUUGUAACGGUAACCAGAGACAGUUCUUUAAAGGCGCACUGUGUGAUAUCUUUAGUAGUUUCUUUCCAGAAUCCAUGCUGCCCAUUCACAAAUGUUACCAUUUUCACACAUACUUACCACCACCAUCAAAUUCGAAGUAUUCAUGGUGGCUGGGAAAAAUUGCAUUUUUCACACAUGAAAAGGGGGAUCUUCUCCAUGUUUGCCAUUUUGAAUUUCUGGAAAUAAACAUUUUUUAGCCACAAAACGUACUGUACUUUCGUCAUACCAUUACAUAUUAGUUUAUUAUUCAGUAAAUAAUCAUGAACUAGGUUGCAAUACCUUCUCUGGCCACCAUCCAAAACAGUGCACCUUUAAAAAGAGUUCCACAACCAUGUCCCUGUGACACAGUGAGAGUGUGGGACAGUCCUUCAAGGACAGUUUAUUUGUCAGACAGCUUGACCUCUAAGCGACCUUUUGUCCUUGGGCUGGAAUCCGCCAUCUUGGUGCUGUAUUGGUCUGUGUGAUGUGUUUACUUGUUCAUACUCAUGUUGGCUGUUUUUAGCUGAAAAAGAGAUGAAGUGAAAAGUAUACACAGUUGAAUUGCCUGUAUGCCUCACCCUUUGCAAGAGGAAAAAGCACUUGGUGAUGGUACCAUCCUCAGGGUACUUCUGAAAUUACUGUAAACGUGGAAACAUGGACACAUUGAGCGCCUUUGGACUGCGGACAAAUGUGCACAUUUGACUGUGAAUGUGGUCUAUCUAUGAGCGAACAAUUCCCCUCGUUCCCCUCGUUCCCACAGCCUCACACUCAUAGGACCGAGCUGCACACACCUGACCUUUGGCAUACAGUACCGCCCAGCCUUGGAAGGAAUGAGACAUUAAGGCUAUCUGCCUUGAAGGCUUCCUUCACUUCACCUCCCAUGCCUGUGUCCCUACCCUGGUCUGAGGCCUCCAAUCUGGGCACCCCUUGGGACCAUUGCUACCCCUCUCUGGGUCUGGUUCUGGGGCUACUCUCAACUGACCUCUGUCAUGGGCCUGCCUUGGGACCAUUGCUACUUCUCUGGGCCUUACACUCCCCGGGCCUAUACCGUCUACUGGCUACCGUAUGUCAUGGACAGGCCUCGGGGCCCAGGACUAGCUGCCUCUACUCUCACUCGUGGCAGCAGGUCUCUGCUUGUGAGGGGUUAUGAUUUGCCACCUUUAGCCCAGGUCUGUUGUUAAAGACUGAGUAAGGCUGCAAUUACUAUGUCAGUACAGUGCCUUGGGGCCACUAUGUGCUGAAGCACAGCAACCUCAGGAAGAACUCUCAGUGCUACAGACUUUAGUGUUGAUACAAUGGUUUAAGUACUACAAAUAUGGUUUGAGUGUGUAUAGACUACCAUGAGUGGUACUUCAGUUGCAUCUGUUAUUUAUCCAUUAUAUUCUUAUGAAACGAAAUUAAUUGUAACAAAUAUACACUUUGUAUUGAAAUCUAAAAAAACAAUCUGUCCUAAAUUGUCAUAUUCUUACCAUGUGAACUUUAUGUAGCACUACUGUAUGUAUAUGCAAAAUGUUAUGUAACUUCUGUACGAUGAUGCUGCUAUUCUUUGAACUUCCUCAAAACAAAAUUAAAAACCGUGAGACUUUGCCACUUAUGAUGUCACUGGCAUUGCUGGUGUGCAUUCCUGCAGGACAUGUCACAGCCACAGCAGUAUUGGAAUGGCCACUGACUGAAAAGAAUGUUCACAAUCAGAGCUCAGCAUCGAAUUCCAUCUGUGAUGCUGGCAUUCCGGCAUGUUUCUUUUCUACCAGGCGUGACCAGUGUUUUGCUUCAAAGUUCUGUUCACCUUGGACAUGAGCAUGAACAAUACUGCUUUUGUAGUCUUCCUGUUUGGCUGACA